AUGGGCGACAUCUUCUCAGCUUGCUUAAAUGGAGCUGACCGGCAGCUGACCACUCAGGGCAUCACACCUACAGAGCAGAAGCCAGUGAAGGUGUUCUCCAUCAUCUCAGCUCAGUCAUAUAGAGCUGACCGGCAGAUCUUGGACCAGCUGACCGCUCAGGGCAUCACACCUACAGAUGAUCCACACCAGAGCGAUGUCAUUCUGCUGUUUUGUCCAAUCCUGACACGAAUCGCAUCUGACCUUGAUGCAGCCGUCAGAAAUAUUCCAGAUGGAGCAAAAGGCAAACCUGUGGUGUUGGUUCUGAUGCAUCACACUUUUGACCCAAACGAAGUCCUGGACAGAACCUGCUGGAGCGCACAGCAUCCCUGUUUAAAGGAGGAAGUGCGUGUGCUUUUCCAUCAGACUUCAGGACUUCUGCAGUGCGACAGGAACAAGGAGGCGGUGCGGACCCUCAAGACCCUCUGUGACCAGUAUGCAACACCAGACUGUGCCAAUAUCCUCCGGAGAGCCAAGGAGUUACAGAAGAUGAGGGUAAGAGAUAUGUCCAUCUCAAUCUUCCCCGACUACACCGCGAAGACCGCCCGUGCCCGCGCUGCAUUUAAUGAUGUUCGUCGCCAGUUACGGGACAUUGAGGGAGUCCGGUUCGGCAUUCUGCAUCCAGGCAAGCUGCGCAUUACGUACAGAGGGGUGCAGCGGGAUUUCACCUCGCCAGAGAAAGCCAAGAUCUACAUAAAGACAAUCGAAUCACUACCUCCAGAAAAGUAA